CGUUUUUCUAUAUUACAACAUAGAUGUUUACUGAGGCACAAAAUCAUGCAGCUAUGAAUAACAUUUUUUUUUAACAUUAUAUUCAUCUUCAGUAAACUCUUUAUCCUGGUCAGGAUCACGGAUCCGGAGCCUAUCCUGGGAACACUGGGCAUGAGGUAGGAAUACACCCUGGCUGUGAUGCCAGUUCAUCAUCCACACACAUGUUUAUACACUCUUUCACACCUAUUAGCAAUGGAGAGUGUCCAAUCCACCUACUGGCAUGUUUUGGAGGUGGGAGGAAAGUGGAGAACAUGGAGGAAACCCACGCAGACAUGCAAAACUCCAUACAGACAGUAACCCGAGCUCAGGAUCAUUGAAGUGACCCUGGAAAUGUGAGACGACAAUGCUAAGUGCUGCACCAUGCCAUCCUUUAAUUAUAAUUUCAUAAUAAUUUACUAUUUUUAAUAAGUUGCUCUGCUGCCCUCUGCUGAUAGUGAGUUCUAUUUCCAGACUGUCACGGUGCAAUAAUACUGUAGAUACACAUCAGUAGCAUCAGCCAUUAAGAUAAGUGAGCCUAUAAAUGCUUCCUAUGGGUGUAAUGGAUAAUUACCACUUUGAUAAAGUGUGUGUAUACACACACACAGCUGCUAUAUAUGGCAAGGGCUCAAAUAAUAAAUAAAUGGAAAGAUAGUACAGUUAGCAUAGGCAACUGUUUAACAUAUCGUGUUACAGUCAAAGCAGAUCCUGAACAGAAACAGGUUGGUGUGGCUUUCACACCCAGGCUGUUAAUUCCCUUUUAUUGACUUCAUAAAGUUGUAAUUACUGCAGACCUUCAAGCCUCCUGCACUGGCAGACAAAGCUGCUCGUGGUAACAGCAGGUGAAAAACACAGCUGUUAAUGAGAACUAUUUAUCCCAACUGCUUGAUUUGGGGAACCCUGCAAUAACACAAGGAAAAAUAAAGGCGUAAAAAUGACUAAUGCAUGGCCCCAAACAUUACACACAAACAUCCUCAUAAAGCUCGAGAGCAACCAGAGCUCAGACAGACAGUUUGGCAGCAAGAGAAGUUCUACUGUACAUAUUUUGCACAUAUUCAUGAUCACAGAAAUGCUCACACAGAGCUUUACAGGCUAACACUAACACCACUGAAUAAAGUCAGAAAGAGAAAGAGCACUUACAAGGUUUCUAAAAUCAAACCAGGCUACCCGCUAAGAACUGCAAGGGGCUUUUGUUGCCAGUGAGGUUUAUAAUUAUCCACCAUUUAAAAAAGGAAGCAGCCUCCAGAGGCAUAUCUGCGGACUGGCUGUCGACGACGUCCCUGACCAAGGAGAAAAGAACUGACGACCUGAGAGAGGAGAAAAGAGACCGGAGCUGAAAAAUGUCGUCUCUUAAGGAGCUCUGCGAAUAUGAAACACCAUCCGUUGCUGAACUGCAGGACUUCCUGUUGGGUGACAGGCACCCCACUGGACAUAUCAACCAAGUGUGGCCCAAUGUGUACAUUGGCAAUGAAGUUGCAGCCCGUGACAAGUCAAUGCUGUACAGUAUGGGGAUCACCCACAUAGUCAAUGCAGCCAGCGGCCCCCCUCAUGUAAACACUGGACCUCGCUUCUACAGAGACAUGGCUGUAGAUUAUUAUGGGGUGGAGGCAGAUGAUUCUACAGACUUCAACAUAAGCGUUUUCUUCUAUCCAGCAGCAAGAUUUAUAGGCGCCGCAUUGUCCAAUAAAGGCAAGUGACACAUUAAGACAUAAAACAGGUAACAGUUGAUCCCUAGUGAAUCCUAAAUGAUUUCAAAUGAAUUUCCAAUUCAGGUGUCACAUCACCUUUUCACACCCUAGAUAAAACGAUUUUAUUUACUACUGACAAACUCUUCCAUUUCAGGGAAAGUGUUUGUGCAUUGCUUGAUGGGGGUCAGCCGCUCUGCCUCGCUCGUCUUGGCCUUUCUUAUGAUCUGUGAAGAGUUGACCUUAAAGGAGGCAGCACAAGUUGUUCGCCAACACAGAGACAUUUGCCCCAACCCUGGCUUCCUCAAUCAGCUCCGUCACCUCGACAUGCGCCUCGUGCGCGAAAGGAAGAGGAAACUUGAAGCUUUCAAGCUAUAAAUAAAAUAAAAACCUCACAAUUCAACAAUGUGACAAAAUCUAUUUCAAAAGUAUGU